UUGUAAGCUCACGUGACUUGCAUGUGACCUGUACAUCAGUCUCGCUGGAGGCGGAGCCGUUAAGAGUGCUGGCAGCAGGUCCCCCUCCUUUCACCAGAGCCUCGUCACUGCCUGAACCCGACACAGUAGAUUGAACUUACACCAUCAGUCGCCAUGGCCUCGCCCUAUGUGGAGGUAGCGGUCAAGAACAGCUGCACGACUAUUGGCGAGGCUCCUCACUGGGACGAGGCUUCACAGAGUCUCCUCUACGUGGACAUCACAAGUCUGGACGUUCAUCGCUGGGACUCCGUCAGCGGGGAGGACAGCAAGGUCCAUCUCAAGGACACCGUCAGCUUCGUGGUUCCCCGACGGCGCGGUGGAUACAUCAUCGGCCUGGGUCGUCGCCUGUCGUUGCUGGAGUGGGAAACAGGUACAGUCACAGAUAUCACAGAGGUGGACCGCGACACCGGCAACCGCUUCAACGACGGCAAGUGUGACGCCAAGGGUCGCCUGUGGGCAGGUACGAUGGGCAUCAUCUCAAGACCACCGCAUCCUGCCAUGGGGUCGCUGUAUAGUCUUGAUGUUGACCGCACGUUGAAGAAGCAGCUGCCGGACAUCUACCUCUCCAACGGACUGGCCUGGUCUGGUGACAACCGGACCAUGUUCUACAUUGACUCUCCCAUCAAGAAAAUCUACGCCUUCGACUUUGAUGUCGAGAGCGGCAGCAUCAGCAAUCAGCGGGUGGCUGUUGACUUUAAAGAUUUACCUGCCUCUGUCAGUGGAGUUCCGGAUGGGAUGACAGUAGAUGCUGAGGACAAGCUGUGGGUGGCAUGCUUCGGGGGAGGACAGGUGUGCAGAUUUGACCCUGAAACAGGCGCACUGUUGACCAGUGUGGAGCUGCCGGCCUCGCAGGUGACGUCCGUGUGUUGGGGCGGCAAGGACCUGGACGAGCUGUACGUCACCAGCGCGCGCAUCAACAGACCAGACGUCUACUUCUUUGAAGAAGAGCCUCUGGCCGGCUCUGUCUUCAGAGUCAAAGGCCUCGGUGUGAAAGGACGACCUGCCUUUGUGUACGAGGAAAUACUUCUUCGCCACAUUGUAAAUACCUGGGUAAAUAUGACGUCCCCUAAAGUGGAGGUAGUGGUCAAAAAUAGCUGCACGACCGUGGGCGAGGGUCCUCACUGGGAUGAGACCUCGCAAAGUCUCUUCUACGUGGACGUCAGGAGUCUCGACGUUCAUCGAUGGGACUCCGUGACGGGACAGGACACCAAAGUCCACCUCAAGGACAAAGUCAGCUUUGUGGUUCCACGAAGACGCGGUGGAUACAUCAUCGUGGGUCGUCGUUUGUCUCUGCUUGAGUGGGAAACAGGUACAGUCACAGACAUAAGCGAAGUAGAUCGUGACACGGGCAACAACCUCAACGACGGCAAAUGCGACGCCAAGGGACGUUUGUGGACAGGUACGAUGGGCUUCAUCCCACGUCCACCACACCCUCCGAUGGGGUCAAUGUAUAGCCUUGACCUUGAUCGCACCGUGACGAAGCACCUGUCCGGUGUCUACAUCUCCAACGGACUGGCCUGGACAGGUGACAACAAAACGAUGUUCUACAUCGACUCGCCCCCAAAGAAAGUCUACGCCUUCGACUUUGACCUGGAAAACGGAACCGUCAGUAACCAGAGAGUGGCUGUGGAUUACGAGACGCUUGCUCCAGAUGUACGAGGGAACCCGGACGGGAUGACAAUCGACACAGAGGACAAACUAUGGGUGGCAUGUGUCCGUGGCGGCCAGGUGUGCAGGUUCGACCCCGAAACAGGCAAGCUAUUGCAGACGAUAGAGUUCCCAACAUCAGACAUCACAUCCCUUUGCUGGGGAGGAAAAAACUUGGACGAACUUUAUGUCACCUCAGCACUGAUUUCCAAAUCAGAAGAGUAUUUCCGCCAGCACGAGCCUCUGGCCGGUUCUGUCUUCCGAGUCACUGGGCUUGGUGUGAAGGGUCGCUCCGCAUAUGUGUAUGAAGGUUAACCAAUAUUUAUAGAAAAUACUAAUUUUCUUCUUUUAUUAUAUUAAAUCCAGUGCGAGUCAGCGAUUCAGCUUGGAUAAUCUUUUUGCCGGUGUGUGCACAAUCUUAUCUUUUCUUCAAAGUAGACGUACUCUAUCUUUUCACACAUUACACCAUUAAAUAAUAGCCAACCACCUGCAAUUUUUUGCCAAUGACUUAUUUUACAAUUUUGUAAAAUUUUAGGUAAUAAGAAAGAAAAAUGAAUAUUAAAGACAGCUAAAACCCACCUUUAUUUUUAAUAAAUAUUUUCGUAAUCCA